UCUCCUUCGUCCUUGGUGACUACGUUGCCCGGUAGCUUAUAAAAGUUGGUUCCCAAGGCGAAUCGUCAGACAGUCCUCAGGAUUACAUCGAGUUAAACACUAACCAGGAAGCGAUGCCAGCUACUGAGGACACUCUGGACCAGUCCUGGAAUCAAAGCCAGGAUUCAGCCUGCACUUUAUCAUCUUCUCCACCGUCAGGACGGAUACAAAUCAUCAAAGAAUCGAUCGGCGACAGCGAAAAUCACGAUGAUAAUCAGCGAACGAUUUCCAACGACCAUUCUUCGAAGGAGAAAAUCUUCGUGGAUAGCUGCCCUCAGGCUGUUAAAGGAAAUGGAUUAUCUGGAUGUGAUCAGGCAACGUGGAAAAGUUUACCGAUAAAAGAACACCAUGAAAAAUUUCUCAGAGAUUUAAUGAAUCUCGUUAUUGAGAAGGCUGUGUUUGAGGGUACCUCUAGAAAAAAUCGCGUGGUUGAGUGGACCGCACCUACGGAUUUAAUCUCUUCCAUAGACUUGGGCUUGGAAUCGAGAGGAUUGUCACACGAAGAUCUGCUGUCCUUAGCGAAAAACGUGAUCCACUACAGUGUGAAAACCGGUCAUCCUCGAUUCAUCAACCAGCUAUAUUCCUCGAUAGAUCCAUAUGGCUUGGCUGCUCAGUGGUUGACGGAUGCGCUAAAUCCCUCCGUUUACACGUUCGAGGUAUCUCCAGUAUUCUCUGUAAUGGAGGAGGUCGUUUUAAAAGAAAUGCGGAAGAUCGUUGGGUGGCGAGACGGCAAAGGGGAUGGAAUAUUCUGUCCCGGAGGAUCUAUGGCCAAUGGAUAUGCUGUGAAUAUCGCAAGGCAUCACCGAUGUCCAGAGUUGAAGGAAUCGGGCUUAGGUGCCAGUCCUCGUCUUGUAGUAUUCACUUCCGAGGACGCCCAUUAUUCGAUAAAAAAACUCUGCGCAUUUUUGGGUAUUGGAACCCGUAAUGUUUACAAUAUACGUGUGGACUCGAAAGGAAAAAUGGAUGUUACGGACUUGGAAGCACAGAUUCAGAGGGCCAUAGAUGAGGGCGGUGUCCCCCUCAUGGUAUCCGCAACCGCUGGGACCACUGUAAUCGGGGCGUUUGAUCCCCUGAAGAAAAUUUCCGAAGUCUGCAAACGAUAUGAAAUGUGGCUGCACGUAGAUGCCGCUUGGGGGGGAGGAGCGUUGGUUUCAGCAAAACAUAGACACCUCCUGGAGGGAAUAGAACUCGCGGACUCUGUAACCUGGAAUCCUCAUAAACUACUAGCAGCGCCUCAACAGUGUUCAACACUUUUAACACGACACGAAAACCUCCUGCAGUCUGCCCAUGGUGCUAAAGCUACAUACCUGUUCCAGAAAGAUAAGUUCUACGAUACGUCUUACGACUCUGGGGACAAACACGUGCAGUGCGGAAGAAGAGCUGAUGUCUUUAAAUUCUGGUUUAUGUGGAAAGCAAAAGGAUCUGAAGGCCUUGAAGCUCACAUAGACAGGGUAUUCUACCUCUCCAGAUACUUUGCCGAUCUUAUUAGAGAAAGGAAUGGAUGGAAGCUGCUCUUAGAACCAGAAUGUACCAACGUUUGUUUCUGGUACCUACCACCCAGUAAAAGACACCUAAAAGGGAAAGAAUUAUCAAUGGGUCUUCAAAAAAUCGCUCCACUUAUCAAGGAAAAUAUGGUACGCAAGGGAUCGAUGUUAAUAACUUAUCAGCCUCUGAGGGAAUAUCCAAAUUUCUUCAGGCUGGUCCUGCAAAGUUCAGGCGUGACGGAAACUGAUGUAAAAUUCUUUGUGGAGGAGAUAGAAAGGCUGUCGAACGACUUGUAGGAAGCGCCUUGUGGCUGACUCUCUUGUAAUGCGUUUAAACUGUAGAAUAAGUAACCCAUAUAAUUUGUUUAUUUAAUUUAUGGUAUUGAAUAACGUGAAUGUUUAGAACUAUCAUGGAUUAGUCCAACUUGUUAAUUUUUACCAGUUGCAAAACGGAGUGAUGCCAAAAAAAUUCAGAAAAGUAGUCUUAUUGUAAGCUGAAAUUGUCGAUAAUUACCUUUGUUUUGUUUUUCUCAGUUAAAACAAAAAGUAAAAUGCUACCUGGCUGAGGGAAAAUGAAAUUUGUAAGUCUUUAAAUUUUUAACAACUUCUCUUUAUUAAUUGAAUAUUUGCAAUUUAAAAAUCUUUAUGAUUAUAUACGAUAUAAUUACAAUUCUCUGUUAUUGGU